UCUUAACAUGUGAUAUUGGUAAUAACUACUUAAUGGUUUGCCUUUUUAACACGAUCUUGUAAAAAUGCAAAAUUUCACCAAAUUUAUACUUAUCGUGAUACUAUGGAACAUAACAGUAACAUUACAACAGGAUGACGGGCCCAGGGCGUUCCAUGUGUCAAUGCCGGAAACGUGGCACACUGCCCUGAAUGUGUGCAAGGUGACGGACAGCCUUCUGCUACCCGAACUCUCCGACCGACCACUGUUUCAAGACCAGUUGAAGGAGACUAUGCAACCCGGGGACUUUGUGUGGAUCAACGCCAAGCAGCUAACCAUUAACUUUACAUAUAGUCGAAAGUACCUGCGGCUGGCGUACGCAUUUCAGAAUCUGACCCUUCAGGACUGUCUGUGUUUUGACGGAAAACGUUAUUCUCUGUGUGGGACUGGUGGUGCGCGGAUCAGCUGGCGGGAGGCGGCCGGGACUUGCGGGUCUAUGGGUACCUGGCAGGCCAUAGAGCCGUCAAGUGUACAGCGCAUCGUCGGCUUGCUGAAGGAUGAGAUGCCCGUCUGGCUACAGAAGUACAGGAACAAUAUCCUCCCGGAGACUGAAUCCGAUCUGUGUAUUGGACUGGAGAGACAGACGGACGGAUCGUUCGCCGACCGGGUGGACAACUGCUCCAGCAAGCAUUCAUUUUUCUGUGUCAGGGGUGAGUAUUCUCCGACCCUUACCCGUCUGUCGGAACCAGUUUCCGUGGUAACGGGUCAUGGCGACCAUGACAACAUGAGUGAAUCUGAAGAUGAACACGAAAAAGGCCCGGGUGAGAAUUCUCCGAACCUAACCCGUUUAUUGGAACAAGUUUCCUUGGCAACGGGCCAUGGCGACCAUGACAUUAUGAGUGUUUCUGUAGAUGAACACGAAAAAGGCCCGGUCGAGUAUUCUCCGACCCUAACCCGUUUAUUUGAACAAGUUUCCUUGGCAACGGGCCAUGGUGACCAUAACAUCAUGAGUGUUCCUGUAGAUGAACACCCGAAAGACAGAGAAAGCAAUGCAGACAACGAGGACACUGCUCGCCACGGUCUGGUAUUUGGUGUGGUUGGCGGGAUGGCGGCACUGCUGGUGGUGCUCCUAGUGGGGAUCGGCGCCCGCUACGUUCUCUCCCGCUAUCGCCUUAUACAACAGUACAGGAAGAGUCGCCGUAGGACCUGUUAAGGACAAAAGAAAUGGUCAAGGACGUUGCUACCAUCGAUGACCUUGACACGUACGAGAAUUCCAGCACAUCCACUGUCGGGAGGAAAGAGGUCAACUCGAUUGACGAUCUGGACUGUUAUGAGAACUAUUUGUUGACCAAAAAAGAAACCCAGUGACAUUUGCAGACGCUGUGUAUAUACGAGUAUGUAUUGGUUAACGUGUAUAGAUUUAGUGUAAAUAAUUAGUUUGUUAAUAUAUGUAUUUAAUAUGCAUUGUAUAUAAACUCCUGGUUUUAACGUAAGGUUUUAACACGGUUCGAUGUAGUUUUGUUAUGUGUUUGAUAUGGACAUACAUGUAUUAAUAGUUUGUUUCAAAAACGUGUAAGUUUUGAUUAUCAGAUAGUAUAAGAUUGACCACUUUAAAAGGGACCUUCGAGUUUUUCAACUAAUUAGGGAGCUCCUUGCAUAGUAAGAGACCCCUUCAACUGAUUUGAAGACCUCUUAAAUUUAUUUGAAGAGGUCUUAUAUUAUUGCUACUAUCAUUAUAUAAAUAUUGCCUUGCCAGCAUAAAAUCAAUUGUUGUUCUCACUAGUUGAAUGUUCAAAUUAUUAUAUUGAUGAGAGCUCUAAUUCGG